GUUGAUUAUAUUACGUUCCAGUAAACGGCGCUCAAACCUAAAGCAUUGCCUAUUUUUUAUGUAAUAGACCUGCAUCACCUUUGAUAGUGACAUUGACAAAGAUCUAGCUGUCCUUAGGAUGCCAUGUGGCACAUAGGCGGUGCUAAUUUGCACGCGUGAACUUCCGGAACACCCUAUGUACUGUCCAUGUGUGCCAAUGGUUGCAUACCUCCUCCUGAAUAUGUGCGGUAAAACGGAUGUGAAAUAGGCGUGAUUUACAAGUUAGGCUGAAUGCGGUUUGAUUUGUUACGAGGAGGUUACACGUUUCCACAGAGACCACGGACUGUAGCUGCCGGCGUUUUGGAGGGGGAGACUGAGUGAGGUUGUAAGAAGUGACAGUCAGCAUGAACCUUCCGACAGCCAAAGUAUCACAUCUUUAACUGGAUUUCAAGAGGUGCACACCACAUGCUAAAUUCAGACCAAUCGUGAUAUCUACGAGGUUUAGUCUGAAUUAGUGAACUGAAGCUGUAAUCUCAGAUCUGAAGUCAAAUUCUGUCCGUCACUUUCCCACCAGCCAUGGACCAUGAUCAUGAUCACAGUAACCAUGGCAUGGCAGAUAUGACUGCUACGUCUUCUGGGGACCACCACCACCCAACCACACCACCUGACCAUAUGCAUGGUGGCAUGAUGAUGAUGACCUUCUAUUUUGGAUGCCAUAAUGUGGAGCUGCUGUUUUCCGGACUUGUUAUUAAUGGUGCAGGAGAAAUGGUUGGUGCCUGUAUAGCAGUUUUCCUUCUGGCAAUCUUCUAUGAAGGCCUGAAGAUUUCACGAGAGUAUCUUCUGCGGAAGUCGCAAGUCAGUGUUCGUUACAAUUCCAUGCCAGUGCCGGGGCCGGAUGGAACAGUGCUGAUGGAGACACACAAGACUGUUGGGCAACAAAUGUUGAGUCUUCCUCACCUGUUCCAGACAUUCCUUCAUGUCAUUCAAGUGGUUGUAAGUUACUUCCUGAUGCUGGUCUUCAUGACGUACAAUGGCUACCUCUGUAUUGCUGUGGCAGCUGGGGCUGGCAUUGGCUACUUCCUAUUUAGCUGGAAAAAGGCCAUUGUGGUGGACAUUACAGAACAUUGUCAUUGAUACUGACCUGCAGUUCCUUCCGCUGCUGUCAUACAUCGCCUUUUUCUCUCUCUAUCGCUAUUGCAGAUCUGCAGUGCACAGUGUAUGAAUUAGAAAAUGUGCCUUAUCAUUGGUCCAAUCUGAGACAAGCAGGCAAGAACAUGUGCGUUGUAGAUGGCAGAUAAAAUGAAGUGUAGAUUCAUAGAUAAAAAAAAUCUCUGUUCCUGUGUCCGCUUUUAUGUGGUGGUAAUUCCCAUUUCAGCAUUAUGUCCAUGAUUAAGGGAUAUAAUUGUCAUUUUACAGUGAAGUGAUGAAAUUACCUAUUUAUUAGAAUCACAGGUAUGUGGAAUGUGUGUCUUUUUGAAACACAAAAGCCAUCUUGUACAAGCAUUUGCUUUCAAUAAAAGUCAAACCUGUUUUUGGUAUAAUAUGCUUUAAACUCUCUGGCAGACCCAUUCCAGCAUCCUUACCUAUGGCCCUGUUCAUGGCUGAUUAGUGCCAUACCACCUCAUUUAUACAAUCACCCAAGCCAUGCAUUGCACAACAGAUCAUAACUGUGUUGCCUCAAGGACAGCGACUUCUCCUUACUGUGAAUGUGGCCUUAUUAGCUGUCACUGUGCUUUGUAAACUGGCUCAGCAUGGCAGUGACCUCAUGAGACAGGGAAAGGACUGGUUCGCUGUUGCAAGGCCACAGUGAGAAAGGCCGUAAGAUCCCAGACUUUAGCUUAUCUGCAGAUGAGGUGCAUAAGAUAAUCGUAAAAGAAAGGUGAAAGGCAAUCCUCCACAGCAGAAAAGUGUACCUGACACUUCAUGUGCUUGUGGUUAGUGACACAUUGAAAAUAAUCAGUUUUUUCAUUUUUGAAUUGUUGCUGAUGCUCAUUUUGCAGUUUGUUUUACUUUUGAGUGUAACUGGUUUAUAGUGCCGGAUAUACUCCAGUUGUUUCUCCAUCUGAGACCAUUGUUUUCAGUAAUGGGAAUCCUUUUUUAAUGUGCCAGUCAGUAAUAAACUUCCAGUUCCCACUUUUAUGCCAUCAUUUAA